AUGACCUCUCCACACCCCUUAAACUCACCAUCCCCCUCUGACCCCUCAACACCCCCCUCCCCCUCAUCAUCAUCAUCACCAACCAACCCAAACCCUUCCCUCCCACCACCACCCACCCAAUGGGACCUCGACCUGCACCUCCCCCACCUCGAGCGCGCCAGCCUCCUCGCCACCCCCACCACCCUCAUCCGCGCCCUCGACGCCGUCGGCACCCUGCUCGACGCGGCCCACAUCCCCUGGGCGCUGAUGGGCGGCCUGGCGCUGCUGUUGCACGGGUUCCGCAACCGCACCACGCGGGAUGUGGACGUCGCGGUAGGGGAGGGGGUGAAGGCGAGGGAGGUCAUUGCCGCUUUGGGGUGCGGGAGGGUUUAUACUCCGCCGUUGUUGUCUGUUGUGGGGAGUGGGUGUGGAAGGUUUUAUGUUGUUGUGGGGGGUGGGGAUGAUGGGGGUGAAGGGGAUGGGGAGGGGGUGGUGGAGGUGGAUGUUAUUUUGGCGGGACAUCUCGGCGCGCCCAAAACUCUUGCUGGUGCGACGACCACCAGGACGGCGCAGACGGCGGCGGGGCUUCGGUCGUACAACGUUCUCUCUGUGCAGCAGCUCUGCCGGGCCAAGCUGCACGCCCUGUACCAGCGGGAAGCGGAGCGGGACUUUGGCGAUCUGGAGUGGCUUUGCAUGAACUUUGCUACCGAGGUUGCUGAGGCGGCGGAUACGUAUGGCGAAGAAGAGCGGGCCAACUUCGUGGCCAAGUAUCAAGAGAAGCAUCCCGACUCGCAGGAAGUGGUGAUCAAGGGUUUGAUGGCGAUGAUGGGGUUGGGAAUGGAAGGGGCCCCAGAUUAAAUGCGAGAUCAAGGGUCGAGGCGAGGAGAGGCCGAUGGGAAGGAUGUAAAGGAAAAGAUCUUGCAUCGUCCCCAUCGCAUUUUCACCCUUUUGUGUGGGUCAGAGAUGCCACAUCUUGAACGCUUCCUCACGUUAGGCAGGGGAGUAGGUCUCUAGGUAGAUGGAGGUGGCGAGUAAACAACUAGACAUCUAAUUAC